CACAUGAUCUGUUAUGUUAUGACGGUUGACGGUUAUGACAGUGACUGAUCUAUAAUAAACAAUCAUAUUAAUUGAAAAUCAACAAUAAAUAUAUCAUUAAAUAAUAGUUCUACCAUCUUAUAUUAUUAUCUGGCGAUAUGGCUAUAGAUUAUGUGCUAGUAGUGGACGAGGAGAGCGAAUAUCCAAUAGAACUACCUACUGAGGAGAAUGGAAACUUGCUGCUAAGCACUGUUACAGCACAAUUUCCAGGAGCAUCUGGUUUGAAAUACAAAGUAUCUGUUCAGAGUAGGACAUUUCGAGGUGUAAGGCUUUCUGAUGGUGUUCUUCAUCCACCAGCCGAUGAGGGAUGGGAUAACAUAGUUUUUUGUUGUGUAUAUCCUAAAGAGAAUAAACGUAAGCAUGAUGAUGCUUUAGAAGCUCCUGCUUCUAAAGUCAAGCGUCUGGAGUCUAAAUUGAACUGUACUGAUCUGAUUGUGCUGGGUUUGCCCUAUAAAAGUACCGAAAAAGAAUUAAAACGAUAUUUUGAGAAGUAUGGUGAGCUGUUGGUGGUGCAAUUGAAAACUGACAAAGAGGGAAGGUCUAAAGGAUACGGUUUUAUAAGAUUUGCUAAGUAUGAAUGUCAGAUAAAAGUUUUGUCUCAAAGGCAUAUGAUUGAAGGCAGGUGGUGUGAUGUGAAAAUACCGAAUUCUAAAGAAGGUUCGGUACCUCUUCCACGUAGAGUGUAUGUUGGCAGAUUAACUGAAGACAUAACGGCAGAAGACGUAAGACAAUACUUUGAAAAGUUCGGCCAAGUUACUGAUGUAUAUAUGCCAAAAGAUUUCAGAGCAUUCUGUUUUGUCACCUUUUUAGACCCAGAAAUUGCUCAAGCCCUUUGUGGAGAGGAUCAUAUAAUUAAAGGAUCAUCCGUUUAUGUCUCUGAUGCUGCCCCUAAAAACAAUUCUAGGAAACCAAAUGAUACAGGCGAAGACAAUAACAAUUUUGGUCCCUCAUUUAAAGGAAAUAAUUUUUCAAAUGAAAAUGACCGAUUCAAUGGAAAUGAUCGGGAUCAAAACAACUUCAAUAACCAAGGUGGAAAUAGAGGUGGUCCUACAGACAUAAAAAAUUUUGGACCUUUAAUGAAUCCUGCUUUUUUCGCUGCUGCUUUGAGUCAAGCAGCCAGUUGGGGCCUGAUGAGAAAUUUUGCAGGUGGCAGUAAUAUCGCUAGUGGAAGAAGCAAUAUGAUGAGCAGUGGCGGAAAUAUGGGAGGUGGAGGCGGAAAUAUGGGAGGUGGAGGUCGAAAUAUGGAUAGUGGAGGUCGAAAUAUGGGCGGUGGAGGUCGAAAUAUGGAUAAUGGUAACCAAGAGGUCAAAGUACAAACUAACGGAAUUAAUAUUCAUUAUAAUAGACCGUCAGAUUUCAAUAUGAUGCUCAACCAACCUGGAAGAAGCAAUAUGAUGAGCAGUGGUGGAAAUAUGGGAGGUGGAGGUCGAAAUAUGGAUAGUGGAGGUCGAAAUAUGGGCGGUGGAGGUCGAAAUAUGGAUAAUGGUAACCAAGAGGUCAAAGAAACCAACGGAAUUAAUAUUCAAACCCCAAAUGGAAGUGGGCGUUCAAUGUUUAAUAAUUCCAAUGACACCUCUUGGGGAUGGCAACAAAACCGAGAUGUUAUCAGGAGGGAAGUAUCAAGAUAUUAGCAAAUAUUCCGUUUCAGAUAUUUUUAGAUUAGAUAUUGACUCUUGAAAUGCAUGAGAUUGUGGUUAUUUGUUGUUUCUGUUUGUAGUAAUUAGAAUAUUUUUUAAAAUAUUUUAAUUAUACCUAUGUGUAAGCAUUGUACAAUGUACACAAUUUUUGCAAUAAAAUAUUGUACGAGUGUCUUGAAA